AUGAAAGGAGGGGACAAAGCGAUUGUGGCAAAGUCCUUUGGAAAAUGGCAAAGCAGCUCUCAAAGGUCCAGGACCAUGGAGAAGCCGGAUGAAUCUCCAGAAGCAGGCAAGGUGGAGAACCAUUCCAGCUGCACCUUUCCAGCUGACUGCGUCACACAGACUCCCAGCAUACAUAUUUUUGUGGCAAAGAAGAGGGGUGCACAAGAAGGGCCCCAAGGGGCUCCCGUCAACAAGAGGAAGUCUCUGCUGAUGAAGCCACGCCACUACAGCCCGAAGCCCAGCCCUGCAGAAGCCUGUGUGGAUGACUGUGACGACCUGGCACCCACUCAGGACAAAGACGCGCCCAGGAACAUUGACACUCCAGCAGAUGAGAACGAUCUCCUUCUCAACAAUGUUCAUCAGCAACUGGUGGAAAGCUCUCAGAGUUCAUUACAGUGGUCAGAUAACCGGAGUGAGGCUUCCCCUCAGCCCGAGACUCUGGUCUCUGACCCACAAGACGAGGCAGGAGCAGAGUCAGAGCUGCACAACCACAAUGAAAGCAAGGACAGGGUUGGUUCAGCCUACUGCCUGUCACAACACAAAGACCCUGACAGAGACAGUGAAGAGGACGAGUGGGCUGGUCCGCCGUCCCUAGUGAAAAUCAAUGGUGCCCACCGCAGCCUCCGCCAAGCACCAGACGACACACCCCCACAGGAAAACCUGCUGGGGCAGCACCUCCGGGAGGAGGUGCACUCCGGCUUCAGGAGCACGGGUAGCAUGGGGCUCCUAAUGGAGGAGUUUGUGUGCACAAGGGAGCCCAGUGACAGUGAGGAGGACCUCCAGGGGACAGGGCUGGAGAGAGGCUGGGGGUGGAGUCCGGGGCCCAGGCCGCUGGAGCUGGACAGGGCCCGUCUGAAUCUGAGCCUCCUGGAGCAGGCAGUGACACUGUGCUCUGAGCAGAGACAGAUCAUAGCGUAUAAGGACAUGGACCAUUUCCUCCUCCAGCAGAUUAAUCAUGGGAGAAAACAUCAGAGAAUGCUAGACAUGGACCCUCACACUCCUUACCACAUCAGCAAAGACACACCCCGAAUAGAAAAAAAGGAUGUGAAGUGUCCGACCCCAGGCUGUGACGGGACAGGACAUGUUACAGGUCUCUACCCUCAUCACAGGAGUCUGUCUGGAUGUCCUCACAAAAUUCGUGUCCCCCCUGAGAUCCUUGCCAUGCAUGAAAACGUCCUGAAGUGCCCGACCCCGGGCUGCACAGGACGGGGCCACGUCAACAGCAACCGUAGCACACACAGGAGUCUCUCAGGCUGCCCAAUCGCCGCUGCAGAGAAAAUCUCCAGACCUCAGGAGGACCUGUCCAAAUGUCGACAGGCUGAUCGACUGGCAAGACCUCUAGGGCCAAUUAAGAAGUUUGAUUUGAGUCAGUACCACUACAGGUUUGUCCACCCCACCACUGCUCUGCAGGCCAACAUCACCAGGGACAUGGACAAAUACAGCAGAGUCUACUUUGACUACGCCAGCUUUGACGCACAGGUCUUUGGCAAGAACCCCCAAAUGGAGGCUGACGAGAAUCAUCAGAUUUCUCACUUCUCGGACAGCCCCAGUGGUCGAAUCUCUGUGACUGGAGGCCACAGCCCUGGUCACCACAAAGCUGAGGCCCUGCAGCCCAGCUCAGCCUCCACUGCUAUCCUGAACCUCUCCACCCGCUACCGCGGCAACCUGGAGGCCUUUUCCACUCGGCCCCUGGCAGCAUCCACAAAGGAUAUAGCUAUUGAGGUGGAUGAAAAUGGCACGCUUGACUUGAGCAUGAAGAAGAAGAAGGAGAAGAUGGGAGAAUCUCCCAUGAUCCCAGUAGGCGACGCUCCGUUUAUUCCUGAGUCUUCCCUCUCAAAGUCUGCUGCUCUUCACAUCUCCCCUGCAUUCUACCAUGCCCUGUGUGAGCAGGACAAGGCCUGGGACCUCCCACUCAACUUCAGCAAAGCAUUAAUCCAGCAAGAUAAAGAGCAGGAUCAGCUGGACAAGAUGCCUGUGGAGGACAAGGCCUGUCCUGGAGAUUCCAGUAUGACCAGUCCCAAGACCAAGAUGCUAUCCAGAGACACCAAGAAGGAGCUGAUGAGUUGUCCGACUCCAGGCUGUGAUGGCAGUGGUCACGUUACAGGAAAUUAUGCCUCACACAGAAGUGUAUCUGGAUGUCCACUGGCAGACAAAACCCUGAAGUCUUUAAUGGCAGCCAAUUCUCAGGAACUUAAGUGCCCCACUCCUGGAUGUGAUGGAUCUGGUCAUGUGACCGGAAACUAUGCAUCUCACAGGAGUUUGUCAGGAUGUCCACGUGCCAGAAAAGGAAGCUUGAAGCUCACACCAAGCAAAGAUGAAAAGGAAGAACAAGAAAUGAGAUGUCCAGUGAUUGGUUGUGAUGGUCAUGGCCAUGUUUCAGGGAAAUACACAUCCCAUCGCAGUGCUGGAAGCUGCCCUGUCGCUGCCAAGCGACAGAAGGAAAGCUCAAUGAAUGGAUCAGGCUUUCCCUGGAAAAUUUGCAAACAGGAACUGCCCCACUGCCCUCUACCCGGAUGCAAUGGUCUGGGUCAUGCAAACAAUGUGUUUGUCACUCAUAGAAGUUUGUCUGGUUGUCCAUUAAAUGCGCAAAGUAUCAAGAAAAAACUCACAGGUGAUGAAAUGAUGACUGUCAAACUGAAAACAAGCAACGGCAUUGAAAAUGAAGACAUGCAGGACCUGGACCAUGAGAUUAAGGAACUGAAUGAUUCCAAUCUGAAGAUUGAGGAGGACAUGAUGCAGCUCCAGACGCAGAUUUCAUCAAUGGAAUGUAACCUAAAGACUAUUGAAGAAGAGAACAGAAUGAUUGAGCAGCACAAUGACAGUCUGCUGAAGGAACUGGCCCGUCUCAGCCAAGCUCUUAUCAACAGCCUGACGGACAUACAGCUGCCGCAAAUGGGCCCCAUUAAUGAGCAGAAUUUUGAAGCUUACGUGAACACUUUGAUGGAUAUGUACAACAAUUCGGAGCAGGAAUACUCUGCAGAGUGCAAAGCCCUUCUGGAGAGCAUCAGGCAGGCCAUUAAAGGCAUCCAUGUAUGA